AUGGUAUCCCCCUUUACCAAUGAAGAAAGAGAGGCACAGAGAGCACAUAGUACUCUCCACACUUCAUUUCCUCGACUCCCUCUCUUCACCCCUCUCCUUCCUGUACCUCAGGGCCCAGGCUCCUCUCAUCCCUCCGUGCCCUCCUUCCUGACACCUCCUUCUCCCCCAUCUAGGGCUUCACCGCUGCCUGCUCACCUGCCCUCCCUCUCUCUCUCUCUCCUUCAGUCCUCCCCGCCCUCAGCCUUUCUUCCUCUCCCCCUUCUCCCCCUCCUUCCUCCUGAUUCCCUCACCCCCCUCACCCUCUUUGCUUUCUUCCCACCGGUUGAUCUGGGGCAGCCAUAUCCAGGGAAAGCCACGGGGCUUCGAGGGAGAAAAGGGACCAUGACGCCUCAUGAGCAGAAUCCAAGCCCAAGACCUAAGGGUCCUAAAAUGAGUAAAAGGAAGAUGAAGAGAAAAAAAAGAGAGAUGGAGGACCUGAAGAAGGAAGUGGUCAUGGAUGAUCACAAAUUAACCUUGGACGAGCUGAGCACCAAAUAUUCUGUGGACCUAACCAAGGGCCAUAGCCCUGAAGAGGCACAGGAAAUCCUGGCUCGAGAUGGACCCAAUACACUUAGCCCACCCCCUACCACUCCAGAAUGGGUUAAAUUCUGUAAACAACUGUUUGGCGGCUUUUCCCUCCUACUGUGGACUGGUGCCAGUCUCUGCUUCGUGGCCUAUGGCAUCCAGUUAUACUUCCAUGAGGACCCUACCAAAGACAAUCUGUACCUCGGCAUUGUACUAACAGUCAUGGUUAUCAUCACCGGCUGCUUCUCCUAUUAUCAGGAGGCCAAGAGCUCCAAGAUCAUGGAAUCUUUUAAGAGCAUGGUACCUCAGCAAGCUCUGGUAAUCCAAGGUGGAGAGAAGAUUCAGGUCCCUGUACAAGACGUGGUGGUAGGAGACCUGGUAGAAGUGAAGAGGGGAGACCGGAUCCCUGCUGACAUCCGGCUUAUCUCUUCACAAGGAUGUAAGGUGGACAGCUCAUCCUUGACAGGGGAGUCAGAGCCCCAAUCCCGCUCCUCUGAUUUCACCAAUGAGAACCCUCUGGAGACCCAAAAUAUCUGCUUCUUCUCCACCAACUGUGUGGAAGGGGCAGCCCGGGGCAUCGUGAUUGCUACAGGAGACUCCACGGUGAUGGGCCGAAUUGCCUUGCUGGCCUCCGGCCUGGCAGUGGGCCAGACCCCACUGCAGGUGGAGAUCGAACACUUCAUCCAUCUGAUCCCGGCAGCGGCCGUCUUCCUUGGUGUCACUUUCUUUGGGCUCUCAGUUAUCUUGGGCUACACCUGGCUGGAGGCUGUUGUUUUUCUUAUUGGCAUCAUUGUGGCCAACGUGCCUGAGGGGCUGCUGGCCACCGUCACUGUGUGCCUGACCCUGACAGCCAAGCGCAUGGCUCGGAAGAACUGCCUGGUGAAGAACCUGGAGGCGGUGGAGACGCUGGGCUCCGCCUCCACCAUCUGCUCCGACAAGACGGGCACCCUCACCCAGAACCGCAUGACCGUCGCCCACCUGUGGUUCGACAGGACCAUCUAUGAGGCUGACGCCAGCGAAGAACAGACUGGGAAUUCAUUUGCCGAGGGCUCUGAUACCUGGUUUAUCCUGGCCCGAAUCUCUGGCCUCUGCAACCGGGCUGAUUUUAAGGCUAAUCAGGAGUACCUUCCCAUAGCUAAGCGGGCAACAGCAGGGGAUGCUUCUGAGUCAGCCCUCCUCAAGUUCAUGGAGCAGUCUUACAGCUCUGUGAAGGAGAUGAGAGAGAAAAGCCCCAAGGUGGCAGAAAUUCCCUUUAAUUCUACCAACAAGUACCAGAUGUCCAUCCACCUUUGGGAGGACGGCUCCCAGACCCACAUACUGAUGAUAAAGGGGGCGCCUGAGAGGAUCUUGGAGUUUUGCUCUACUUACCUUCUGAAAGGGCAGGAGUGCCCAAUGGAUGAUGAAAUGAAGGAAGCCUUCCAGAAUGCCUACUUGGAACUGGGAGGUCUGGGGGAAUGCGUGCUAGGGUUCUGCUCCUUGAAUCUGCCGAACACUUACUCCAAGGGAUUCAGGUUUAACACCGAUGAAAUCAAUUUUCCCAUGGAUAUUUGUUUCAUGGGGCUCAUCUCCAUGAUUGACCCUCCCAAAGCUGCAGUGCCUGAUGCCUUGGGCAAGUGUCGGAGUGCGGGGAUUAAGAUAAACACUGGAGUGAUUAUGGUAACAAGGGAUCAUCCCAUUACAGCCAAGGCCAUUGCCAAGGGUGUGGGCAUCAUCUCAGAAGGCACCAAGACAGCAGAGGACAUUGCUGCCCGGCUCAAGAUCCCUGUCAGCCAGGUCAAUGCCAGGGAUGUCAAAGCCAUUGUGAUGCACGGCUCAGAACUAAAAAAUAUCAACUCAGAGCAGCUUGAUGAGAUCCUCCAAAACCACACUGAGAUUGUGUUUGCUCAGAUCUCCGCCCAGCAGAAGCUCAUCAUUGUAGAGGGAUGUCAGAGGCUGGGAGCCAUUGUGGCGGUGACAGGGGACGGGGUGAACGGCUCCCCCGCGCUGAAGCAGGUGGACAUCGGCAUUGCCAUGGGUAUCGCUGGCUCUGACGUGUCUAAGCAGGCAGCCGACAUGAUCCUGCUGAACGACAACUUUGCCUCCAUCGUCACGGGUGUGGAGGAGGGCUGCCUGAUCUUUGACAACCUGAAGAAAUCCAUCGCCUACACCCUGACCAGCAACAUCCCCGAGAUCACCCCCUUCCUGCUGUUCAUCAUCCUCGGUAUCCCCCUUCCUCUGGGCACCAUAACCGUCCUCUGCAUUGACCUGGGCACUGACAUGGUCCCUGCUAUCUCCUUGGCUUAUGAGUCAGCUCAAAGUGACAUCAUGAAGAGGGCUCCACGGAAUCCAAAGACUGAUAAGCUGGUGAAUGACCAUCUCACUGGCAUGGCCUACGGACAGAUUGGGAUGAUCCAGGCUCUGGCAGGAUUCUUCACCUACUUUGUGAUCUUGGCUGAGAAUGGUUUUAAACCUACUGAUCUGCUGGGCAUCCUCAUCAGCUGGGAAAAUUGAUACCUCAAUGACCUGGAGGACAGUUAUGGACAACAGUGGACCUAUAAGCAGCGCAAGGUGUUGGAGUUCACAUGCCAAAUGGCCUUCUUUGUCAGCAUCGUGGUUGUGCAGUGGGCUGACCUCAUCAUCUGCAAGACCCGCAGAAAUUCUGUCUUCCAGCAGGGCAUGACAAACAAGAUCCUAAUAUUUGGGAUCCUGGAGGAGAUGUUCCUGGCUGCUUUUCUGUCCUACACUCCAGGCAUGGACGUGGCCCUACGAAUGUACCCACUCAAGAUAACCUGGUGGCUCUGUGCCACUGCCUACAGUGUCCUCACCUUUGUCUAUGAUGAAAUCAGAAAACUCAUCAUCCGUCGUCAUCCUGGCGGCUGGCUGGAGAAGGAGACCUACUACUAAACUCAACAGAGGAAGAUCUUCACAUGACAUCAGGGUGUCCUGAGUGCCAGGUGGGGGAGGGUUGGGGUAAUGAGUUUGGGAAAACAUCUGAGAGUGCACAUUAGUUGGGGCAGGGAGAUGCCAGGAGGAAGAACCUUGGAUGAGAGAGACAGGUGAUCCUAGGGCUGGGUUGAGGGCACCAUGGAUAGGAGAUGAGCUGGGUUGAGGGGAGCCCAGCCUGCAUCUGACUGGAGCCCAGCAGGGGGCUCAGUAGCCAGUCAAGAGAGUAAAUGUUUGCAACAGCCCUUAGCUCCUGGAUGUGUCGCAUCUGAUUUUUGGAGAAUGGGGAUUACUGUGACGCUCUCUCCCUAGAUCUUCAUGGGAGCCAGACAGGGGAAGUCUUUCAGGGACCAGAGUGGAGGCUGGGAAGGGAUCAGAAUCAAGCAUCCUUUCCCCUUGAGGGCUACCCCCUCAAAGUCACUCUCCAACCCGACAGAGAGCAAGGACAGGACAAGUCCUGGGAUCAGAGAAACAGAGGAGGUGAGAGAGGAGCAGGGGAGCCGCACCUUACAGAGGGGCCACAGCACCCACUCAGUCCCUCAGAUCAACUUACAGACUCAUAGACUUUUCAUGCUAGACCUUAUUUCAUCAUGAAGAACCUGAGGUCCAGAGAGGUUAAAUGACUUGGAAGGGGCCAUGUGGUGAGUGGUGAAUGUGGAGCCACUGCCCCGCCUCUGAGGAAGGGAUUGGUGUUCCCGUAGCCCCAGUCAUUAGGGCAUCUCGACCCCAUCCCAGCCCUCAGCUGUUUUCUCUGGCGUAACCUUGAAAUAGAGGCUGGAACAACGCUGAAUGGAUCCCUGCAGACUUUACUCUAGGCAAAGCACCCGCCCCCUCAUGCCCCAGCUCCACACAGGUGACGGAUGUUCCCCAAAGCCUGGCCUCCAAGCCUGGGCCCAGCACUUGCUGCGUCUCAGGCACGUGAGGAGUCCUGGGGAGCUUUUCUCUUCUGCCCACCCUUGGCGGCAGCUCUUCCUUCCUCCUCACCCACUCGCUGGCUUUUGCUCUGUGAGCUGGUCCACUUUUCCCUGUGGGUCGGUUCACUCUCAGGCUUCUUUUGGAGGAGAGGGUUGGCUGUGCUGAACAGCAUACAGAGAGAGAGAAAUGCUGAGAAAAGCUGGUGGAAAUCGUAGACUGUCACCAAAAACAAAGCACAUGUGUUAAGUGACUGCACAAUCUGUCUGGCGGUAGACAAAGGCCUUACUCACACCAUCCAUUAAUCCAUAUAACAAAUACAUUCUUACCACCCCACCCGGUUUUAUAGAUGUGGAAACCAAGGUCUGUCUGAUUGCAGAACGUGUGCCCUCAACCACUUUUCAGGCUAGUCUUAUGAUGAAGGCUGGGCCAAAAAUAUACAAAUGCAAAAGAAAAAACAGGAUAGUGAUAGAGGAAGGGCCGUGGAUGAGUCUGGAGGAUGAGAGGCCAUGGACUAGCAAAGGGAAGGCUGUCGUAAGGUACAUCAGCCACUCUCCCCCUACAUCGGGCCCUCCUCAGAGGUCUCUCUCCCACCUGCUUCCCUCCCUCCUCCAACACAAGGUCUCCUAGAGACAGGGCUGUAUCAGUCUGGGGUCCUUCCCCGAUGCUGACAGGGCUGAACCAGACCCUGGAGGAUGGAGGGGCCAGGGUGUGUGAGUGUGUGAGGUGGGGAGGGGGAGCAUGGAGGGACCAGCUCCUCAAGUUUCAGUAGCAGGAGCUUUGGGUGUCUGGUGGGUUAAAAAUACAGAGGCCCCAACUUAGGGUCAUUUGAUAUCGGUGGUUGAGCCUGAAGGCAGGGGCCUAGAGGGAAGGAUUUGAAUAGAAAGUAUAGAGCAAAGUAUGGGAGAGGAGGACAGGGAGGAGGGGAGGAGUGCAGCUGCUGGAAAGGAUCCGGGUGGCUCUGGAGAGCCAGGGCCAAGGAGAGGGAGCAGGAUGGGAUGAAACAGCCUGGUAGCUGCAGAAGAAGAGAGGGAAUGGAGCAGGCCUGGCUCACCAUUUCGUCCCAUCUCACACCCUGGGGGUACGAAAGGUCAGAUUCAGGAUGGAAUGGGUCUAAGGUCCCAAUGUCUCUGUCCCAGUGUCCCCCUCCUCCAGAGCACAGCAGAAGAAGUUGGGGCUGGACAUCAUCUAGGUCAUGUACGUCCGGGUGGCUCCACCUGUCUCUCCUGCUGUCUUUGCUCUGGUCAUGGGGCUGUGGGCACGUUGGUCGCUCUCUUGAGAUGGGUUCUGAGGUCUCUCCAGCUCUGGCAUGCCCUGCCUAGCUACCUCUGGCCUCUCCUGCGCCCAUGACAGCUGUCUCUCUUGGACUCACUCCUGCCACGUUCUUGAGAUUUUCCCUGGCCUUCCUUGCUUAGCUGUGUAAGGUCUGCCCUGUGGGAGUGAGGAAAGGUCAUUCCUCUAACAUAACUUCAUGGUGCAAAACACCCUCUGUGCCUCCAACAUCAGAGACACCUCAGGGUGGGCAUGGGGGCUUCUGACUUUGAUCUAGCCUCUCUCUGGUCUCCCUCAUGCCUCAGCUUACCUGUGCAUGAGCCCUGGAGGGCCGUGAAGAGGGUCCUUGAAGGUACCCAGAGCUGAGCCCAUCCACUCCGCCCUCACCCCCAAGCUGGGAUCCAGGAAGUUAGAGCCCCCCCCCGCACCAGCUCUGCUUUGGCUCUCAGUGCACAGAAUUAAGCAGCAUCCUUGGUUCGGGGCACAGGGCUCUACCUCUUCAUGUUUCCCAGUGUUAAUUUUUUUCUCCUACCGUUGAUACCUGAUCCUUUUUUGUCUUGUCAAAGACGUAGGAAUGAAUAGUCACAAUUC